AUGUACAAGCAUGUCAUCGAAAAGGAACGGCGAGGGGACUACCUUGGCCGUACUGUCCAGAUUGUUCCUCACCUCACGGAUGCUAUCCAAGAUUGGAUAGAGCGUGUAGCUAGGACUCCUGCUGACGAUAGCAACGAGGAGCCCGAUGUCUGUGUUAUUGAGCUUGGUGGGACGCUUGGUGACAUCGAGAGUGCUCCAUUUGUUGAGGCCAUGCGUCAGCUACGCCGCCGUGCUGGAAAGAACAAUUUUCUCCAGAUCCACGUCUCGCUUGUUCCUGCAAUUCAUGGAGAGUUGAAGACCAAGCCUACCCAGCAGGCUAUCCGAGAUGCGCGCUCAGCCGGCUUGAGCCCUGAUCUGAUUGCCUGCCGUUGUGAAAGGGCUCUUGACAAGGCCACCACUGAUAAGAUUGCUAUGUUCUGCCAGGUUGAACCUGAGCAAGUGAUUGGCGUCCACGAUGUUGCUUCCACCUAUCAUGUCCCUCUCCUCCUAGAACAGCAAGGAUUCCUUGGUCAGCUUCGUGAUAUCCUAAAGAUUGAUGACUUGACCAUUCCCCAAGCUUCUAUAGACAAGGGCCAAAACACUUGGAAACAGUGGAAGGCCCUGACAACUUCCCAAGAGCAUGUCUAUAGUACUGUUAACAUUGCACUUGUCGGCAAGUAUGUCAGUCUCCACGACUCUUACCUCUCCGUUAUAAAAUCUUUAGAGCACUCUGCCAUGGCAUGCCACCGAAAGCUCAAGAUUACCUGGAUUGAUGCCUCAAAUCUUGAGAAAUCAGCCGCCGAGGCAAACCCAGAGGCAUUCCACAAGGCCUGGCAUGACAUGUGUACUGCUGACGGCAUCCUUGUUCCUGGCGGGUUCGGCACUCGUGGGACUGAGGGAAUGGUAGCUGCGGCUCACUGGGCUCGUACCAAAGGCAAGCCUUACCUUGGUAUCUGCCUCGGCAUGCAAAUAGCUGUCAUUGAAUACGCCCGUAACGUCUGCGGGAUCCCAAAAGCCAGUUCUAUUGAAUUUGAUGACCGCACUCCUGAUCCUCUUAUCGUUUUCAUGCCUGAAAUCGAUCAAGUCAACCUUGGCGGUACUAUGCGCCUCGGAUCUCGACCAACGAUUUUCCAAGAGGACAGUGAAUGGUCAAAGCUCCGAAGGUUGUAUGGACUUAGCCGUACUUCUAUUGAUGAACGUCACCGUCACCGCUAUGAAGUCAACCCGGAAUAUAUCGAUACUCUUCAGAAAGGUGGACUUCAUUUCAUCGGUAAGGACGACAAGGGCGAGCGCAUGGAAAUCAUCGAACUCAAAGAUCACCCUUGGUUUGUUGGUGUUCAAUUCCACCCGGAGUAUUUGUCCCGUGUCCUCGCUCCAAGCAAGCCGUUCCUUGGCCUCGUUGCCACCGCAGCCGGCGUUUUUGACGAGAUUAUGAAGUCUCAGGCUUGUGGAAAGGAUUUGGCUAGCGGAGUUGCUAACAUUGCCAUCUAA